CUGAUCAGCGGGCGGGAUCCACGGCACGGCGCUAUGGCGAUGCUCUGCUUGGCGCUUUUAGGAUUCCAAACACUCCAUUCGCCUUUAAACACACUGCUAUAUUUCUUGUGAAAGACAGAGAAAGCAUUGCAAUGGCUCCAAGGAGAAGAUGCCGUAUCGGCUUGGUCGUCCUCUCCGCGGUGUGGAGUCUCGCCUCGGCAGUAACCAGAUACUCCAUCCCGGAGGAGAUUCCAGUGGGCUCCGUGAUCGCAAAUAUCGCCACGGAUUUGGGCCUGGACGCGCACAGCCUGUUGGAGCGCAAGGUAAAGCUGGAUUAUAUUCAUAGCAAGAAAUACCUAGAUAUAAAUAAAGACACCGGAGAUCUGUUCAUCGCUGAGGAAAUUGACCGGGAAUAUUUAUGCCCGGCCAAAACAUCAUCAUUUUGCUUCCUCAAGAUGGAUGUGAUAAUCGAGAGCCCAAUACGCAUAUUUAAUAUCGAGUUAGAAAUAAUGGACAUCAAUGACAACGCGCCUCAGUUUAGGAGGGAGAGGAUACCGCUCGAUAUUUCAGAAUCAGCAACACCCGGAGAGAGAUUUUCCUUAACAAACGCGGUGGAUGCUGAUGUAGGAGAGAACUCAAUAGAGACGUAUUAUCUCAGUGAAAGUGAUGAGUUUACUAUCGAAAUCCAGUCUGGAAGUGACGGAACGAAAUAUGUAGACCUGGUGCUAAAAGCGAGUUUGGACAGAGAAAAACAAGCCCUUCAUACACUGACGCUCACUGCUGUUGACGGCGGCACACCUGCGCGCUCAGGAACGGCCAGUAUCAUCAUUCAAGUGCUGGAUGUCAAUGACAACGCCCCUCAGUUUGACCGACAGGUUUAUUCGGUUGACCUCAUUGAAAAUGCACCAAUUGGGACGCUGAUUAUGCAUCUGAACGCCACCGAUUUAGAUGAUGGCCUCAAUUCGGAAAUAACAUACUCAUUUACUUUAUACACAUCCGAGAAAACGCAAGAAAAGUUCUCGCUGGAUCCCAACAAUGGAGAAAUAAGAGUCAAAGACGUGAUUGAUUUUGAAGAAGUCAGAAGUUUUGAGAUGUACGUUGAGGCCAAGGACAAAGCGGUUAAUCCGCUUUCUGGUCAGUGUAAAAUAUUGGUGUUCAUCACUGACUUGAACGACAACCAUCCUGAGAUUACCAUUAAAUCAUUUCAAAGUUCGAUUAAAGAAAAUGCCCCAAUAGGAACAGUCAUCGCUGUUAUCAGUGUGAGUGAUAGGGAUUCUGGAGAUAAUGGGAAGAUUGUUCUCUCCAUCCACAAUGCUUUAAUGUUACCUUUUGCUCUUAACAAGUCAUCUGAAGACUUUUUUGCAUUAACACUUAUCGAACCGCUUGACCGUGAGCAAAUCAACAAAUAUGACAUCACACUUCACGCCACUGAUAAAGGAACCCCUCCUUUGACUGAUAAUGAAACGAUUAGUGUUACAAUUCAAGACGUCAAUGACAACGCUCCAACAUUCCCUCGAUCCAUCUACUCCAUUCAUCUAAUGGAAAACAACGAACCGGGUGCAUUGCUAGCCUCCCUAACUGCUCGUGAUCCAGAUUUGCAUGAGAAUCAAUAUCUCGUAUACUUUAUCAUAGAAAAGGAGAUAGCCAACACGUCAAUGUCCAUGCUCUUCUCCAUCAAUCCUGAAAACGGCAACCUCUACGCUUUACGAACGUUUGACUAUGAAAGAGAGAAGGAGUUUCUGUUUCACAUCGAAGCCAGAGAUUCAGGACUCCCCCCCCUCAGUAGUAACGUAACAGUUCACAUCAUCCUCCUCGACCAAAAUGACAACACACCCCUCAUAGUUUCCCCAUGGCGUCCACAAGGCACAGUCAUCGAGCAGAAAAUCCCAAGGUCGAGUGAAAAAGGAUCUCUGGUCACCAAAGUCAUUGCGUUGGAUGCUGACUCCAUGCAGAACUCUCGCAUAACAUAUCAGUUUCUCCAGAUCACCGACACCCCUCUAUUCAGUCUCGACCAAUACAACGGCGAGAUCCGAACCACCAGGAUGUUCAGUUACAGAGACCCCCGAGAUCAGCACCUGGUCAUCAUAGCCAGAGACAAUGGAGAACCUCCUCGAUCCGCCACCGUGACCAUCAAGAUCUCCACAGUGGAGCAGGUGGUCACGCAGUUAACGGAAACCACAGAGGUUCCUAUCGAAUUCGACCUGAUCACCGAUUUAAACUUGUAUUUGCUGAUUGGAUUGGGUUCAGUCUUGUUUCUUCUGCUCAUCACCAUCCUGGUCAUCAUCGUGCUGAAAUGCCAGGAGCCCAAACCCUCACAAGCAGCUCCCCAAGGAAGGAACAGCAUCGCCAGCCAGAGAAACUCGUCCACCAUUGCUGAUUCAACUCUCAUCUCGAGCGAUGCCUACUGGUACAGUCUGUUUCUGGCAGAGACUAGGAAAGGGAAGGUGGUGGUGCGGCAGCCACUUCCUAACGGAGCUGGGUUCAUAGUGUCGAGUAUUCCAGGAAGCGCUGCGCUGACUGAAACCAGUGCAUCAAGGUCUUCCACUUUACAGGAGUCCAGCAGUGAUUUACCGUGAACUGGACACGUUGACUGAUGGAUUACAAACUUCCGCACACAGUCUAUUCAUCCACCGGGACAGACUGAUCUUCUUUUCCUUCGUUUUCAGGGUUUCAUUCAAUUCAAGACUAUGACGGACCUACUUUGAAACCAUUUUUUUGUGUAGCUUUUAAUAUUCUUUUAUUUUUUAGGUGUUUAUUGUUUUAUUUUUCAUCAUCCUCCAUGCUCUUGCACAGCUUGUGUCACACAGGAAAGUUUGUUCAGUUAUUUUCCCCAUCCACAGUUCUUCUGCCUUUACUUUUUACAUAUUACAUUUGAAUGGACUGUUUGGAUAUCAAGACCAGCAUUGUGUCAGAUCUCAUAUUUGUGGCGACUGUAACAACUAUAUGUCAGCCACUUGUAACCACAUCGAGCAUGACCUUGCAUGGCUAAGACAAACAAUGGACCUUUUGUAUCUACAAGAUUUCUAAAUAGACUCUAUGACAGAAGAGAGAAGCUAUUCUUCGUGACUACCAGAACUUUUACCUUUUUGUGGUUCCAGUUACAAAUGAACUACAAAACCAGCUGGGAAAGAGAUUGUAAAGAUUGACUUCUGGUAGGAACGAUGCUCUAUUUUUACAUUGAGAAAGCUUUGAUCAAAUGAGCACAAUCUAAUGAGCCAGGCAUUGUUUAUACCUCAAAACAGUUGGUUUUGACAGCUAUGUGGUGCACAUGUAUAAUAGAUCCAUGUUAAUUUUUUCUCCAGUCUACCAAAUGGUAUAACGUACCUGAAUAUUGAUUUUCCCUGAUAGGAAUUUUAAACAUUUUUGAAGUCUUAAGCCCAAAGUAUACUUUGCUUUGUAAGUGAAUGUGAGGAUCUACAGUGAGUUUGACACAUUUUGUCAUUAGAAUAAUAGGCGUAUAUUGUUAAAGCAAAUUCUGUGUCUGGAAAUCAGAUUUCUAUGAACAAUACUUAUAAUCAUCAGAAUGUCUUUAUAGGGAACCAUCAAAAAAUAUUAUUUGAAACUGCUAACAAAUGUAACAAAAAAAUGAGACAUAGGGGGUAAAAGAAAAACAUUGAACAUGCCAAACAGAACUGAGUGCAUGUAUGUACAAGACAUUAAAAUUUAAAACGGCUAACCAUUCAACUAUACAUUUACAAAACAAAGUGUACUUUGGGCUUUAGAAUUACACUGUGUCUACACUCAGAGUUGCUUGUGUUGCUUUGUGCUGCAACAGCUAGAAGCUUUUACACUGGUGAAUGUUUCAAGUCUAUUUGUUCUUCGCUUCAGAAAUAACAUGAGCACUUGGAGUUCAUCAGAGAAAAGAAAGCUUAAGAUGUCCUGCCAGAUCCAGUGAAGAUAAAAUCACAGAUUUUACAAUCUUUUAGAUCACCUUUCUACUAUCUUCCGACUGCCACAUAUUCUUGGCACAUUUCCCCCCCUAGUGACUGUCACACUGAAGUUUACAACUGGCCUUGGCUCAUUCAUCAUGGUAAACGUAAUGCAUUUCAUGAAUAAUCACACAAAACACAUGACCUAAUUGUGUCGGAAAUAGGAUAAACAAUUUUUUUUUGCACAGUGUAGCUUUAUUGAGGAAAUGAACUACUCACGAAGCACUUCAAAUCAUACAAUUGAAA